UUGAGUGCCAAUCUCUGUGUAGGUUGCACGUAUUGUAGCUUGUUGUAAUUUUUGUUUAAUUAAAAAAAAACAAUUAAGCCAAUUAUAGCUGUGGCAGUAAAAUUGCGAUAUUGAAAAUUAGUAUUUUAUCUGUGUUAAUUUUAGCUCGGGAAAAGUGCUUGUCAAAUGUGUUAAUUAAUAAAAGUUUGUUUUUUCUCAUAUAUAAAUAACAAUAAAAAUAUAGAAUAUGCAUUUUAAAGUGUUAAUAAGUUUUAUUUUCUUAUUUCUUGUACAAAUAAAUGGACAAUAUGAAGGGGAUAAAUGUACGAAGAACGACAUGGAAGGUGUUUGUACGAACAUAAGGAACUGCAAGUCAGCUGUAGACGACAUUAAAAAUCACAGAGGAGCGCCGAAAUUAUGUUCGUUCUCAAGCACCGACCCCAUUGUGUGUUGUCUGGAUAACGCAAAGCCUACAACGUACCAGCCACCUGUCGCCACCACGAGUACUAGGAGACCAAAUCCAUCAACGGAAUAUGUACCACCGGUCUAUGAUUAUGUAAUGAACAACAAUGAUCCGAAUUCACAAGAUGAAUGUGAGGCUAUUUCCGCAAACAUGACAGCAAAAAAGACUGGCCAGAAAGCGUGGGAUAAAUGUAUAGAAUACCAGCAUAAGUUAGUCUAUCCUUGCGAGAAGGGGGUGGCGCUUAGUGGUAAACUCGGGAGGGGUAAUAAAUGUAAGCACAACGCUAUCGACCUCAUUAUUGGUGGUGUUCCUGCUCAAUUUGGUGAAUUUCCUCACAUGGUGCUAUUGGGCUAUGAAAAGAAAGACUCAAUGGUUUGGCUCUGUGGAGGAACGUUGCUGAGCGAGCGGUUCAUACUGACAGCGGGACAUUGCACUUCCAGCAGAGAAUUCGGUAAAGUGAAAUACGCCAGAACCGCUGUACUAAGACGCACCGAUCCCUUGGACCCGAGCCGCUUCUACAAGAUCAGGAACGUGUUCAAACACCCCGAAUACUUUCCACCCUCGAAGUACAACGACAUCGCCUUACUGGAGACGGAUAGAGACAUGCAGCUGGACGAGCUGGCGGUGCCGGCGUGCCUGGACGUGGGCGCGCCCGCCGCGCACGAGCGCGCACAGGCGGCGGGCUGGGGCGCCACCGCCAACCGCGGCGCCGUCGCCGACCAGCUGCAGAAGGUCGUUCUAGAGAAGUUCUCGACAGCGGAAUGCGCGGAAUUGUUUCCCUCGGAGCGCAACCUGCUCAACGGGUUCGACGAGAACACGCAAAUAUGUUACGGCGACAAGAAUAUGUCCAAGGAUACUUGCCAGGGGGACAGCGGGGGUCCGCUCCAGCUGAAGCACAGACAGAUCCAUUGCAUGUACACGGUGGUGGGCGUGACGUCAUACGGUCGCGCGUGCGGGUACGUGGGCGAGCCGGGGAUAUACUCGCGCGUGCAGCCCUACGUGCCCUGGAUAGAGAGCGUCGUGUGGCCUUAAGUGUCACGUACUUAA